CUCCCUCAACAUCCCAUUUUUGACAUCACCUUUGCCUCUUGCCCCGGCGAUGGCGCCACGUGCGCAGUCGCACGUGCGACUGCGAGAUGCGCCAUCCGAGGAGGUACAGGACGCGCAGGACUUGCCCCGCACCUGCCGCCGCUGGUGGCCCGACUUCCAGCGCCCGCCCGUGGGCGCCCAGCUGCGGCGCGAGGUGCGGGCGGCGAUCCGCCGGCAGCCGGAGAGGAACAAUUUCGCCAUGUGGCAGAUGAACUUUCCGGCGACUCUGCCCAAUGGCCAGCGCAACCCUGUGUGUGCGCUGGGCGAGUGUGGUGACCCCUCUUGCCCGACCUAUCGCCCGAAGAGGCCUGAGGUCCGUCAAGCGGUCGAGCAGACCAUCCUUGAGAAGUGUCAAGCACACUUCCGUGCGGGUGCCUUGAAGACCUAUGCCUCCAUCGGCUGCGGCCUCCUAGGCCAAGACUGGAUCGUACUGGAGCAGCUGCGGGAGUUAGGCCAACUGCCCAAGCGCGCCAUCUUCGUGGAACUCCGUACGGCGCGGCCAGUGAUCACUGGAGAGGGUGCCAUGUUCCCACGAGGAGGAGCAGGUGGUGGGCUGAAUUUGCGGCAGACAGGUUUCAUUGGGGAGCUUGGACCUGAAUUCGCUUUCAGCGCCUUACUGCAGUUCGAGAGCGAGUGCUGUGGCGGUCUCAUUUUCGACUUCUCCAAUGGCUCCUCUGACCGGAUCUUCGCUCAGCUCCACACGAAGCCGGGCGCGCUCGUGUUUGGUGCAGAGGGCCACAGCUUUGUGGUGGAGGAGUGCUGGGAGGCGAAUGGUCAAGCACACUCUUACCUCUUCACCGUGAGUGCUGUGGGGAUCUACAACGUCUACCGCGACGGGGAAAUCAUCGCCCGCUCCUAUGGCCCGGCGCCCCGUUGCUGCCGUCGCCAAGCGCUCUAUGUGGGCGGCCGCAUGGGCGGCGGAACAGCCUUCAAAGGCCGAAUUCAGAAGAUCAAGGUUUGGGAUCAGGAAGUGGAUCCCAUGGCCACUGACUUGGCCUACAGCCAUGAAGUGGACAAUGCUCAUCAAACCAUUGCCCAGUGGUACAAGAACGAGAUGGACAUUUACUCCUUUGGCAGCUUGGCGGGCUAUGCUGCAGCCUGCGAGAAAGAUCGACGCUUCGCCGCUGAUCUCUUGGUCAAGAUUGACGUCCACGAUGAGCUCGACGGUUACGACGACUUUGUUUGCAAAGCCUUAGCACCAGAUGGCCUGGCCCUGACUUUGGGUGGCCCUGGAAAGAGCUGGCGCAGGUCAGGCACCGGAUGGCUGCCGGUGGACAUGAAGUGCGAGAUUCUGGACACGGCCGAAGAGAAAGUCCUUGUGCCUUGGGCCUUCAUGGGCGCCUUCCCAGGCCACGCCGACGAGACGCCCAGCCUCGCCUUCGCGGCGCGCGCGGGCGGUGCACGGGUCACCGAGCACGGCCCCUCGGGGCGUCGUGGGCCGAAGCAACGGAGACCCAGAUAUACAGGCCGCAAGAGCCGCCAGAGCCGCCAAAGCCGGGAGCGUUCUCGAGCCUGUUCGGAGCCGCGCAAGCCGCCCAAACAGACCGAGCGGUGGUAUAGCAUGGCAGAUGACGCCGAAAGCCUUGAGAACUUGGCAAAGCGCCUGUUUCCACGGCCCACGGCCAUCGAGGAUUUGUUGGACGAAGUCGAUUUGGAUGCCGCUGCCGACCACAGCCUUUUGUCACAACUGGAUGCUUUGGAGAAUGAGGAUGAUGACGAGUUGCCGGGCUUGGUCCUCUACAACCAAUGACGACCGCUCAACCUGCGGGUUGAGGAGCCACACGUGCUCCCCCUCAAUCUCUACGCAUCGCACAAUCCCAAAACAGGGUGUUUUGUCCAACAAGGACGUGAGAAUGAAGCUGCAAGAAUGUGCGAUGGAUAAGGUGGGGCUAGUUGAUGUAGGUGGUUCAAGUCCCCGGUCGC